GGCAAUGCCAGUGCGUGGACACCCUUCCAAGAGGAUUACAGAGUUGUUCGCCACUCCAUUCCACGGAGCACGAUGCCGUUUGACGACGAGCGAAGGUUUCUGGAGUUGGUCUACCAGCGCCAUUACUCUAAUUUACUUGACUCGUGGCUCCAAGCCCGGCGGUCCGGCGCCCCAGUUGCCUACCCGACCGGCUUCUAUUUACAACAGAACUGGAAGGACGUGCUGAAUGGCUUGAAUGACUUGCAGCUAGGCAGCAAUGAUGGGUUGGGCCAGAACUCUCACCACGGGGGAGUUUAUGAUGGCAAUCCGGUGACGGCUCUUUACGGGGCUUCGGCUGCUGAAGCCUUCCCGCAGCAGGGCGGAGUCGAUCUUAAUUGGAACGUCGGUUUCUUGAAUUCACCGAGGUUGCCGGUGAUGAAUGGGGGGGCUGAGGCAGGGAUGCCGGCGAAUGGUUGCGUUCCGCAGUCCCAACCGCAGAUAAGAAACCUCAGAAAUGUUGAAGCUUUUGGCUGCGAGGAUAGUUUAAUUAUACAGGGGAAGGGGCUGCCCUCUGUGGGGGACAAUAGAAGGGAGUUCCAGAGGGAGCACAAGAAGUUGCCACGGCUCGAUGACUGGCUGCAUGUGAUGAGGAGGAGCUCUGUUGUCAAUGUGGAUGGUGUCCACAGUCCGAGGCGUCCGUGCUCGCAGCUUUCGCCCCUUAAACAUGAUUAUUUGUUGGAUUUUGAAUGGUAUAUUUACAACAUUGCAAAAGACCAGCAUGGGUGCCGGAUCCUGCAGCGGAAGUUUGACGAGGGGAAGCCUCACGAAGUGGAUAUGAUUGUUAAUGCGAUCAUCAAUCAUGUGGGCGAGCUCAUGGUGAACCCUUUUGGGAAUUAUCUCAUGCAGAAGCUGCUGGAAGUUUGCACUGAGGAGCAGAGGAUGAAGAUACUUAUUGUGCUCACGAAAGACCCCGCUGAGCUCAUCAGGAUCUCGUUGAACACUCAUGGGACAAGGGCAGUGCAGAAAUUGAUAGAGACCCUCAAAACCCCGCCGCAAAUUGCACUGGUGAUUUCUGCCCUUCAACCAGGGUUUCUAGACCUUAUCAAGGACUUGAAUGGCAAUCAUGUGGUCCAGCGUUGCUUGCAAUCUCUUGCACCGGAAGACAAUAAGUUUAUUUUUGAUGCUGCUGCUGAGCAUUGUGUUGACAUUGCGACUCAUCGUCAUGGAUGUUGUGUCUUGCAACGUUGCAUAGGCCAUGCCACUGGAGAACAUCAAGCAAAGCUAGUUGCUGAAAUUUCUGCUAAUGGGCUUUUCCUUGCUCAAGAUGCUUUUGGAAAUUACGUUGUUCAGUAUAUCCUAGACCUAAAAAGUCCAUCAGCAACUGCAACUUUGGCAUCCCAAUUUAAAGGACAUUAUGUAAACCUCUCGACACAAAAGUUCAGCAGCAAUGUGGUGGAAAAGUGCCUCAAAGUUUUUGGAGAAGAAUACCGAGCACAAAUUAUUGUGGAAUUGCUUUCAGUCUCUCGAUUUGAUCAGUUACUGCAGGACCCUUAUGCAAAUUAUGUCAUUCAAUCUGCCCUUGGGAAUUCCAAGGGAUCUCUCCAUGCUGCACUGGUCGAAGCCAUCCAUCCUCAUGCUGCAAUCCUUCGAACCAGCCCAUAUUGCAAGCGGAUCUUCUCCCGAACACUGCUGAGGAAGUGAUGUGCAUUUUGGACG